CCCUUCCCUCCGACGCCCACGACGGGGCGCAGCGGUCUUUUUUUCUUCUCUUCAUGCCUUUUUGUUAGGCCUUGGGGCUUCAACGUUUCGCUCUUUUUGUUACCAAUCGGUUCUCAGCUGCCGGAAAAGUUCUAAAUGUCCCCCCGACCUGUCAACUGUACUCGAAAACGUCCGCUUUCUGCUGUAUACUUGGGGAAAGAUCCUCUGUACAUAUAUUCUCCCCCAAACCUGCCUGAUUUACCGGAACCACCAAGUCCAGUUGCGAGCACGAGCUCAAAAGGUUCUGGUCUCCCUUCUCCACCGGCAACGAAUUCCACUGGUAGUGGAAGUACAGGCGAUCCUGCCAGCGUCGCUAGAAGAAAUAGGCCCCAUCCCGGUGAAAUGCUCACUGAGUCGAAUGUAAAGACAUUCCAUCACGCUUUUGAAGAAGAGCAGGAUGGGUUCGCCAGUCGUUCGGUCGAUCCAGACGAUGAUGACGAUUAUGACAAUGACAAUGACAACAACGACGACGAGGAUAAUACGGCGCGUCUUAACGGAAGACAUUCUUCCAUAUCCUCCAGCGAGAAUGUGCAGGCGCUUGAACGCGUCAAGAGCCUCACACAGAGGAAUCGGAUGGCCCUCGAUAAACUUUCUUCUUACUCUCGGCUAAGUACGCCUUCACCCAAGCCACGUCACCCGACUACGCCCAAACGUCAUGCUCUACCAUUUGCCUCAUCAUCGUCCCAAUCUUCCUCCUCCUCCUCCUCGAGAACACGCUCGUCACGUCAUUCCCAUCAAAUUACCCCAGAUCACCAGUCAGGCUCUGAAACAGAGCGGGAGAAUCUCCACCCUCCCAUAUUCUCGACAAACCCCCACUCUUCCUCCUCAAAUUCGUCCUCCCAAGCAGGCUCUUCCGAUCCUCGCCCGUCUACGCCACGUAGCCGACAGCGCCUCAUAUCCGCCCCCUCAUUACCCGGACAAGUCCUUGCAGCCAAGUCCAAUUCCUCGCACUCAUCAAAUUCCUCUAUUCAUAUCCGGAAGCGCGCUUCCAUUGCUCUUACAGAAACAUCAUCUCCUUACCGUUCAAAAUCUCCAGACCGUGACGUGAUGCAAAGCGCGCUGGCAGCGGUUGCGUCGUCCAGGCGGAGUCCCACAGUGGGUCUGGGGAAAAAGAGGCAGCCUCUUCCACCGGAAUUUCGUGAUUCACCGAGUGGCGGUGACCCAAUAUCUCACCGGAACGGCGUUAACAAUACACUUACCCGAAGCUCUACCCUACAAUUCUCAUCUCUCCCAAAACCUCCUGCUAGAUCCUCAACAGUGCGAGAUCUGACUCGACGACACCAGACACGUUGGAUGAGUGAAGACCUAUUGGCGACGUCUCCUACCGACGAUAACGAUGAACCCACUAUAGGGCGGCGGCAAACACGACGGGGUGGGAGUGCGGAGAGUGGUUUGACAGUGAGUGCUCGGGGUAGAAGCCUAGUGGGUGAAGGGUUGCGGGCAGCUGGUAUAGGUCUGAAGGAUGGAGAGGAGAGGCGGGGCAGCGAUGUUAGGACUCGUGCUAGCACUGUUGGACAGAGAGCAGCAACGUCGAUGGCAGAAUACGGCCGAGAUUACGAGGACGACAACGACGCUUCUCCAUCAGUUUCGCGUCAGUUGAGGAGUCAUCGAAGUGCAUAUCCCUUACGGGACAGAGAUUCUUCAGCAUCUCGGAGGGAGGUGGAGAGGUCCCAGUCGUCACUCAGCGUGUACAGUGGACAGGACCGGCACUCGAGUCCACGAGUUUCAGGGAUACAGCAGUCUGGACAUCAUACAGAGCUUAUGCACGAUAGCCUGUCGAUGUUCGAAUCACAAGUCAAUCGGGUGCAGUUGAUUGCGACCAGUGAUUUGCUAAGGAACGCGCAGGGUAUAGUAACAGCCGCUGAAAGACUGCAAGGGCUAAUGAAAGGUGGGAAUGGGCGCGCACUGGAGCAGCAGAUUAAUGCGGAGGUUGGCGAUCGUGACAUGGAUGCGGACUUGGUGGAGAUAUGGAGUAAAGUUGGUGGGGAGUAUAGAGAGGGCAUGAGAGCAAGUGACGAGCUUGUUAGAGCGGUGACAAGCUUCCUGCUGGGUGUCGGCAAAGCUGUUAAAGAUCUAAGUGGUGCUGGAGAUACUCAUAAUCGGAGCAUCAGUUUAGACGAAGAAGGUCUGACGGGACGUUUAUCGAGGCUUCAUCUUACGCCAGAAACCCCUGUGAACGGUAACGGCAGACGUAGCGCUGAAUCCCGGCGUAGCUGGGACAUUCGAGAUAGAGAGCGAGAAGAGGCCACGCGACGGCUGAACGCAAGAGCAGAAAGUGUUCUCGCUGUUCGAUCCCCGUCAGCUCUCAACACGUUGAGGAACGAGGAUUAUGCUCGAUCUGUUUUUGAUACCCCAUCUCCUCAUCGAAAUGCUACUACCAAUGGGGCAAGUUCUGGUUCCAUACGACGAGUGCAACCACGGGAGCCUUCAAUACGUGUCGACGUCAACGGUGUCGCUACAUUGGAUUCUCAAGACACUGCCGAUGCUUUUGAUCCAUCGCCUACACCUGCUUCUCGUAUCAAUCGUAUACCGGAUCGAAGUCAGACUCUCCCUCCCCUUGACAUUCCAAAGCCACUGCCGACAUUACCUUCCGAAUCUCUUCGAGCUCGACUUCCUGUUACUCCUACACCUCCUUCAGAAAAACGACCUCAAGAUCGUAACGGGGACCAGCAAAAUCAAACCCUUUCUCGCCGCAAGAACCUCAACACCAUCUUUUCUGUUCGAAGCCCAAAUACGACAACGGCUCUCACCACACAUACGGUAUCCAAUUCUCCUGAUCGAGGGGGUUUUCCAGGCGUGAGCCCGUCACAGCGGACCGAUUCGAACAAGUCGAAUCGAACGUCAGUGACGUUCUCCCGUCCAUCGACUGUUUCGAUUUCAACGCUCAAUGGACUCCAGCAGCAGGAUGAGAGACAGCGGAAGUCGUCCUCUUCAGGUUCUGUGGACGCGGAUGAGGCAGAGAUUGUUGCUGGUGUCAACUCGCCAAUGUCAGGUUCUGAGACGGAGAGAGACUGGAGGCGGAUGGUCAAUCGAUCGACGAGGAUGUCGCUUGAUGGGACACAUGCGGGGCACGCUGCCGAUCGGAGUGCUGCUUCUUCCAUUCUCCCUGCUUCGAAGAGAGAGAGGAGGAGAACGGUUGUGGAUAUCUGGCCUCCCGCUGGGAGGUGAUUCGGCUUCGGCUCUAUUGCAUUUCUUGUACAUACCAUGCAUUACUUUCUUUUACUGUUUUUAUUGCGCGGACGCUGAUGCUCUGAACUGCGGUACCUCUACGCGCGUCUUCCUUCUCCAAGUGUUCGUCCCUUGAUCAAUCCUUUCAUUUAUUUGGGCUUUAAGAAUUGCAUGCAAGCUUUCGUUAUUUCGACCUCCGUCUCUGUCUCGUUAUCUGAUCUGUCGUGUAGUAUUCUAUUCGUUUUUCGUUCCUGCCUGUUUUCUAUAUCUCGAUGUCCUGACGUUGUACGUAUUUUAUGGGCUCUAUGAUAUGUGGUUGUGAGUUAGACUCACUGCGAAGUACUUGAAGUAGAAUACCUAAUAAAUGCCAAUUGUAUGCAUCCA